AUGGCGGAUGGAAAUACUACAGUGGCAGUAUUCGAAAGCCUUCAACUUGACAGAUUCCCUACAGAAUGGGUACAAGCAUGUUGGGAUGAAGACUUUGCAGAUGUAGGCACACUACCACUUGAAGUUAAAAACCUUCUGGAUGAUGCAGGAUAUUUUGUUGAACAACUGGAGAGCACGCUGGAAGUUGUUGCAGCAUGGCUCAUGACCAAUAAUGAGAAUGAAAAUGGUGAAGGUCUUUGGAGUGUACUUGUUGAGGCUGAAGUAUCACACAAGAAAUUGGUUGCCCUUUUAGCACACCUUACCCAUAAUGCCAGUAAAGUUUCUAUUAGUUUUAAUGAAAGAGCAGCUGGUGUACUUGCAGCUUCAUUAUACCUCAAGUUAAUUGCACUUCCUGGAAGUGCUGCAUUUAAAAUUUAUAAUCCAGAACUUUUUCUACAAGCUUGUCGACUUCUUACCAAGUGGAGCAAAACAGACUGUAAUAGUAAAAGAAAAAGAAUAACAACACCAGUAAGAGCGAAUAAAAAAACCAAAGUUGGAAAGAAAGGCAAAAAGACAAAAAAGAAUUCUGGAACUUUUCCUGAAGAUGAGGAUGUGGCAGAUGAAGAAGACCAGGGAAAUGAAUCUGUUGAGCUGACCGCCUCUGAAUCACAAAGACUUGAUGAGUUCAUGCAGCAGCUAUUAAAGGAUGUCCUUUUGAUUUGUGAGAAGUAUUCACUCAGGCAGUCAGAAUCAACAGCUAUCCAGCUCCUUUCAGUGCUGGUAGAUCUCUCGCGAGUCUCUCCAGAGUCCACUAUUGAGGAAAUGGGGCAGUGGAAUAGUGCGAGAAGUAGUCCUGGAAUUUUAAUUUACAAAGCCAUGUACUUGCUGUGCCAGCCAUUCCAUGGACAUGUCACUGUUUUAAUAAAUGAGGUUUGUAAAUUGCUUUUGAACCAUGUGCUAAUGGUAGAGGAUGGAAAAAUAUUUACCAACUUGGCUCGUCCAGUGCUGACAAUGAGAAGAUGUGCUCUUCAUUUUAUUUUAUAUUUAGCAAAAGAGCUGGGUGAGCGGUGUGUUGCGCCUAUAAAAACAUUCCUUCAACACAUUUGUUUUAAAGUACCAGACCGCAGUGAAUAUAGAACAUAUGCAGCUGAGGCUGUUUUGGAACUACUAAGUUGCUUUUCUGAUUUAGAUUAUGCCAAAAUUUUAGAAUGGUUCAAAAGAUUGUCCAAAUAUAACAAGGUUUGCCAACGGAGCUUUGUUGUUGAGAUAAUGCUGGCCCUGCUUGAGCAGCCAGAGAGAAAACUGUCUUCUGAAGUUCCCAAUGAUCUUGCACAGUUUGCCACCCACAAAAGCAUGUUGUGUACUAUGCUAAGCAGGUGUUCUGAUUCAAAUGCUGGUGUCAGAUCAAGGGCGCUAGUUGGAUUCUCAGUGUGUAUAAACUCAAAGCAAAAGGAUGUUGUUAAUACCAUCAAAGAGGUGAUAACACCAGUAGCAACACAAGGCAGGCCUACGGCUAAACAUUUUAUGCCAACCCCGCAGUUUGCCCUCAGGACAGUAGCUUCUGAGAAUGAAAAUCUUGAAGAAACACCAGUGGGAACGACUGGGGAUAUUCAAGAGAAUUCCACUUUACCAAUUGAAAAAAAUAAGACUGCUGAUGUGAAUAGUAACACCCCAAAAAUGUCGUCAAAAUCAUUCUGUCAUAUUGAACUCACCCCUGGUUUCAACCCAUAUCUACCUGAUACAGAGGGUGUUAUCUCCAUGUUUCAUCGCAGAGCCUUUGACACCAAAGUUGUUGUUAGAAAAUGUGCGUUACAAGCUUUACAGAAGGUGAUUCAGUUGGAGGCUCCACUUUAUAGGGCAGAGGACCUAGCAGUUUUACAAGAAAGGUGUGCUGAUCCUGCUCUGUCUGUGAGGAAACAGGCUGUGCAAUCAGUGACGGAAUUACUGGAAGCAUUUCCACAGGAUAAGAACAUACAAAAAGCAUGGAUAUUUGGCCUCUUGCCACAAGUGAUGGACAGAGAGACCUCAGUCCAGGAGAAAUGUUUUGACCAUCUAGAAGAGUUGAUUCUAAAAAACUUGAGUGCUAGCAGGGACUCCGAUUCAGGCAUAGAAUGGGAGUUACUUAAUAUUAUUGCUGAUGAAACCUGUGAAAAAUUGAGGCGCUACUUGCAGAAAGCAUGUCAGUACUGGGCCAGGAAUAAAAAGUUAAACACUGCUGUGCUGAAAGCUGUUCAAAGCCACAUCAAUGGGGCAAAUGAUAGGGCUGCCUGGAUGUUCCUAGCCGAGAUUUCAAAAACUCCUGUAAACAUUAAACAUGAACUGGUAGUGAAUCAUUGGAAAAGUAUCAAGACUGUGCCAGAUGAAAGUGCGUGUACAACAUGGGUUAAUGUUCUCUCUGUGUUGGGCGCCAUAGCUAAGUCCAUACCCUCUGGGGUGGAGGAAAUACUUGAUGACCUGAAGAAAAAACUUUGCUCGUUUUCUUACCCUCCACCUUUGAUUGCUGGCAUGGUUAAUUGUGUCUCCAGGUUACACAACUGUUUAGACCCUGAAACAUCACAAAGAUCUAUCCAGGCCUGGGGUGGGGAGCUCAUGAAUGACUGUGAUAAAUAUCUGUCACAUGUUAUACUGCAAGCAGAGAAUAACUUAGAAAGUAUUGAUGAGGAAGAGAUGAUUCGAUACAUGUUCACGUUGGGUGAAGUGUGCCAGCGAUGUCCAACACAAAUGCCCAAGCGAGUAACUCUUCUUAUUCAAUCAGUAGUAGCUUCCCCUUGCAUUGGAGAGAUAGGCAGCAGUGGUGAUUACCACUCGGAACAACAAGCUGAGAACAACAACGAGGGCAGGAAACUUGACACCCCUGACAUGGACGUCCCAUCCUCCCAGGAACAAAGCAGCCAGCAUUCUCUGCCACAAUCCUCCCAGCCCAGCUCCCAGGGCACUGUUGCAUCAUCCCAACCCCUGUCCCAGUUUAGAGGCUCCAAGAUGUCUAGCAAGCUGAGAGCUCAUGCAUUUAUUACUUUGGGUAAAUUGUGUUUAGUGGAUGAGUCUUUAGCUAAAAAGACAGUGGCUGCUCUAGCAAGAGAACUAGAAAAGUCUGACAGUCCAGCCAUUAGAAAUAAUGUUGUCAUAGUUAUGGGGGAUCUUACCAUAAGGUACACCACUUUAGUAGACCGCUACAUGACCAAUAUUGCAGCUUGUUUAAAAGACCCAUCAGCUCUAGUCAGAAAAAAUACUCUUACUAUUCUCACGAGGCUUUUGCAGGAGGAAUAUGUCAAGUGGAAAGGUGUCCUGUUCUUUAGGUACAUCACAACACUACUGGAUGAGGUCAAAGAGAUAAAGAGCUUAGCUGAGUUUUGCUUGGAGCAUUUAUUGUUACAGAAACAUCCCAACAUGUUUUUUCACCCCUUUAUUGAGUGCAUUUUUCAUUUCAACAACUACCAAACUCACCCAGUAUACAAUCAGUUUUCACAAUCAGAUGGUGAAAAGCAAAAGUUUUCCUUGGCAGGUCCACAGAAUGCUAACCGUAGAAUGAGUCUAUAUUGUUUCAUGCUUGAACACAUGACUGAUGAGCAAAGGUUUAAAAUCACUGCUAAAACCAAUAAAGAAAUUUUGUCAGCCAUUGUUGAUAAAAUAAUUCCACUAGAUGCUGAUGGUGCUUCAUUAUUGGUUGAUGCUUUGGCUAUUUUAAGUAGUAAGGAAAUUAAACUGUCAACAAUGAGAGGCAGAAACACAGAUGAUGUUCCUGAAGAAGGGGCUGAUAUGGCUCAGAUAGUGACUGCCACAGCCAAAAAGGUUUUGAUAUCACAAGUUGUAAAACGGAAUGUCAUGGAAAACAUUGUGCCUGUGGUUAUUUCCCUAAAGCACAUGCUGGAGAAAAGCAGAUCUUCUCUUCUAAAAGACUUAAUGGGAUAUCUACGAGAACUGAUGAAGGAUUACAAAUCUGAAAUUAAAGACAUUUUGGCUGAUGAUAAACAGCUGGCUGAAGAAAUUGCAUUUGACUUGAGAAACUUUGAAAAUCGGCAAGCUGAAAGGGAAGCCUUAGCUCGGGCCACAACAGCAGCAGAUGGAAGAAGAACACCAAGACCCAACACUCCUGUGGUUAGCAGAACAAGUAGCACCAGCACCAGUCCCGUUGUGGUCUCAAACCGAGGCACCACAGCAGCAGUAAACGUUCUUAAAGAAAUCAAAAUCACGCAGGCACCCGCAGAUGUUCCAGAUGGUGGAUCAGGUAGAUCAAGUCCUGCCUCCUCCAAUCCAUCCUCCAGGCGGUCAUCAUUCUCUAUUGUGGAUGCCGCUAAGAAAGCUAUGACUCGGGUUGACCAGCUAAGACAAGCUGGUGGUCCUUUUUCACCUGUUAAACUGAACAAGAAUUCAUCCGUUUCCUGUCUCACAUCUUCACAUAAAAAAGGAAAACACAAAUCCAAUGUAUCUCCGAACUGUGAGAGCAAUGAGAAUACAUUGAUGUCCCCAGUGAGGGUACCAAGUCAAACUAGGGCCAUCAGCACACCCACAGACGCCAUGUACAACAUAACAUUUGGAGCUGAUGUGAACAUCACAAUGCUCCCUCCUUCUCCUAUACCAUCAGUGGCUAGUGCUCAAAAUGGAGGGAAGUUGUGCCUGUCUCCAACUGUCAAAGUUCAACGGAAAGGAAAGAAAAGCAUCAUUCAUAUGCCACAUCCUGAAGCCAAAGACCCAGAGCCUGUCAAGUGGAAUAUCAAGUCACCAUCAGCUGUCAAGCUUGAACCAGACGCAUCUUUCAGUGGUGAUGGUACACCCACCAGGAAGUCUUACGCCUCCGCCAGGGCUGGGAUCAGAAGAAGUGGGAGACUCAACUCUAAACAAUAAUUUAUAUUUUUCUGUUGUAUUUAUUACUACUUUUAAUGUAAAUUAUAUGCUGAUGUUAUGCUUUGAUGUAGAGUAAACCAGAUAUGUAAUUGUUAAAAAAAUAUUAGAGUAAUUAGUUUUUAGGACUAUUGGCCUUUUUUUUAGUGUCUAUUUUAGUGUAUUUUGUAAUUUUAAAAAAGCAAACUAAAUGCUGUAAUCACUUUUGUAAAUUGAAAUAUUUUUCUGUGUUCUGUACAAAGCAUCAAA